AUGGAAGACACCCUUCUGAAACACAGAAUUGUAGAUUUCGGGGGCAACAAAAAUGCACUUGACUUGUGGAAAAAAUACGUAACUGAGGAGGUGCUACGGGAGCCAGCCUUGGGAAGGACGGGCAAGAAGCGCACCAGAAGGGAAGCCAAAAGGGAAGCCAAGCGGGUCGACACUUGGUUAAACUUGUGUGGCCAAAGAGUGCACCACUGGAGAGAUCCAAAUGAAUUUCCUGAAUGUCAAUCAGAGGAGGUACCACCGGAUGAUGGCAGACAGUUCGGGAAAGGCGAAGAGGGGAGGAAGAACGACACGCUAUUAACGGAAAAGAACAAGUGCCGCAACAAUGGCCAUGACGACUUGGUAUCCCCCCCUGAUGAGGAAGAAAGGAAAAAAAAAAAGAAAGAAGAAAAAGAGCUGUUAUCACGGGAGAGGAAAAGCUACCUGGAAGGGUUCGAAAAGCUACUGGAAAAACUGGACCAAGACACGAAACAACAUUUUAACAAGCACCAAAAUGAUCAAGGUGCAGAAACACAUGGGCAAUGCAUAGUGACGUAUCAAAAUUAUGAAUGCCGAAAUGCGGACGUGACGUACAGAGAGGAUGUUGAUUUUUUCAGAUUUUUUUACUCCUCUGUAUCGUUAAUAAAAGAGAAUAAAGCCCUCAUACCUAGGGGGAAUUAUCUGUACGAGCUGAUACAUCCACAAACGAGUUCCUCCUUCCCAGUCCCAAACAAAUUGAGCUACUAUUUGGUUAAAUUAUUCAUAAAUAAUAAAUGGCGUCUAGUCUUUGUGCACCUGACCCUGUCAUACAAUGAAAAGAAUCAAAUUUUGUCCUGCCGUUCUCUGGAUGAGAAAGAGUUGUGGCCACAUAUCCUCAUGGAAGCUUUGCUAACUUGCUUCAGACUUUUUCCCCUGCCCGAUUAUCAUUUUUACCUCCUCGAGAUGUUAACGGGGCUCAAAUUUAUAAAUAAGUCAUACGAAUUUAGCCCCUUCGCGGACCACCUACGGACGGAAAAAUGUUUCUUCAUCCCCUGCGCGGUGCUCUCUGGCAGGAGGAGCGACAGGGGGGGCGACAGGAGUAGCGUCAAUUUUUGUGACAAUGCUGACGUAGCCGCUUCACCCCAGUAUUUACACGAGGAGCAACGCGCCCCCAAAGAUGCAUCCAGGGAGGAACAACGCCCUGAUCAUUCGGAGGAAACAACCAACCUAGUGCACACUGGGAAUAGACAGGAAGACACGACAGCAAACCUAUGUGCGGUUCCAAACCACCGCUUGUCUUCUAGCGAAACCUUGAAGAGCUCCCCCCCUCAUGAGGAUCCCACACCCGGACGCUUCUUCUUCCUCAUCUGCUCGGUGGAAAAAGAACAUAUAAAAAUAAAAUGCGAAAAUGUGAAGCCUCGCCAUUGUACAUCCUACUCGGAUUACCAACAGUCUGUGCUUAAAGCAAAGAAGGAUGUUUUCCUCAAGGGGUAUGCUUACAUCAACGAUAGGGGAAACAUCCGGAUUAAAGACACAGAAUUGGUGCCAGUAAAUACUUUGACUCCCCCGAAGGGUAGUCCUGAUGGGGGAAAUGAAGGAGACCAAGGGACAGAUAAAAAUCUCAGCGCACGUGACACGAGGAGGGAACCCCAAAGAGACAGUUGCAGUGAUGCCACUUGUGACACAUGUGACAUUACCGUGAAUGAAGAUAACGCACAGGAAGUGCUCCAACUAAUUAGAAAAAUUUUAGGAGAUGGUAAGAACAGCACGAAGCGCCCCAAAACGGGCAGCGAGGAAUCGGAUGGAAAACUCUCCCGAAUGGGUACCUCCAAGUCGGGCAAAAAGAACGCCCACAAGCACCUCGACAAAUGGCUGGACGAAGGCGAAUUGGAGAGACUCACCCAAAAAGUCAACGUGAAAUACACAUGGAAAUAUCUGAUAAGAACGAAUGGUAGCUUCUUAGCCAAGGGGGAAACUAUUUUUUUCCUCGUGAACAGAAGCCACUUCGAAGUUGCGUCCACGGAUAGGUAUGCUAAAGAUAGGACUGCUAAAAUUCAAGGGAGUCAAAAAAAUCAUAACAAGGUUAAAGUGAAGAAAAAAGACAGCAGUCGUGACACUCUGUCAAGUGCUUCUAACGCCACACAGGAGGAGAGCUUUCCAUACCUUAUUCUCAUUUGUUCUGUCCGCAUCAAUCGGAGUGGAAAUAACUCCGAGUUGUCACUCCUUCGGGAGGAAUUGAAGACGCAAAAUGGGGCAAAUGGGCCAAGUAGCAGCAACGGUUGUACCAAUUCGGAUCAUGUACGUGUAGCUCCAAAUGAGGAAUCUUUAUCGGACGGCCUUCACGAAUUCUGUUUUUCUUUUUUCUCCUGCAAAGUUGGAAGGAGGAAAAAGUGCGCAGCGGGGGACACCAUGGUGCGAAAAAGGAACGAGACAAGACGGAAUAUCUUCAGCCACGCUGACAGCCGCCAAGGGGGACUUCUCCACUUAUUGACAUCAAAAUUGGGCAGUGUCCCAGAAGAAGUAGUCAUGGAGGGAAGUAACGCCUGUUGUCGUGAUAACUCCGCUCUGCACUCAGGGGAAAAACACGCGAUGCUCUCCCCCAAGGACAUCCUCAACUGCGAGUGCUUCGUCAGGAAAAUAGGCGAAGAGAGGCUCACACCAAAUGAGGAUGCAAAGGGAGGAGAUAAAGCCGACAGGGAAAGAACCCCCCUCCGUGUCCUCGCUCCAAACCUUUUUCUAAACAACAGCGGACACGACGAAUGGAGGGACUACCCCUUUGAUGAAGAAAUUCGAAAAAGGAAUAUACACCUCAGGGGGAACAUGGAACAUUUUUUCCUUGUGUAUGUGAAGCGCAGCAGGAGAGGCGACUUCUCCGUUGAAUGGCUCGAGAAGAAGAAAAAAAAAACAGAACAAGGGGGAACCUCAAAACAGGCAAAAAAAUCGGAUGACACACAACAUGGAAACAAUUCGCUCCAUUCGCGAAGUGAAGAAAAACUGAUCAGCUGCUCCUUUAUCAGUGUAGAAGAAUAUCUAGAAAAGAAGUUAAAAAUGAAGAUGGCGUUUUUAAAAAAAAAACUGACCAUAGGGGAGGAAUGCCCGAUGAAGGUGCUGCUAAAAUAUACAGUGACGAUCCCUCAAAUGAGGAACUUACGUACACCGUUCUUUUAUGUUAUUCACAAAGUGAACGAGUUAAAAGUUCUUCCCCAUUUAGACCUAUACAUUUGUAACGUAUCAAAAUGGAACGGAAGCUCCGAUGUGCAAAAUGCAAGGGGAAGAAAAAAAAAAAAAACAAAAAAAUCGGAAAAGAAUGAGAACAGUAUGGAUCAGAAAGACGAAGAAGAAGGGGAAGACAAAGGCGAAGACGAACAACACCAUUCCCACAAUGGAAUGAAAAACCUCUUUUACAAAAUUUCGAUGGAAAAUUUCAUUCAAAAAAUUUGCAUUCCUCCAGGCGAUAAUAAUGACGAUGACGGGAAGGACGAAUGCACGUACCUCUUUCUCGUCGUGUCAAAAAAGGUGGAGAGGCUAAUCGGAAAGGACCUACAUUUUGAGAUAGCCAUUGCUUCCCCGUCUAGCGACAAAGACACCUCCUGUGAAGAACAAACGAAGAAAAAAAAGACAAACAUACGGCUAAACGAAGUUUCAUCCUUCUGCAAAAGGUAUAGCUUCAACGACAGCGGUGAAUAUAUUGACCUGGGGGUAAAGAAGGACUGUCGGAGGGAGAAUUCCUCAGGAGGGGUUAAUCCAAAAAAUGAUAAUCGCACAGUGGCGGAUAACUGCAGUGAAUCACUCCCGCUUGCAGAAAAGAGAAAGGGCCAAACAGAAGCUGGCAUAGACAACGUCCACCUCAACCAUUACAACUGCGAAAGGAAAACAAAACGAUUCAAAUUAAUAAAAAAAGUCAGCAUUAAUAGUAAGAGAGACAGCACAUGGGGUUCCAUUUACGUGAAGCUGAAUAACCCCCAUUUAUUCAAAAAUAUUGUCGUCAAAAUAGUGAAACUGAAGCGAAAAAAAAUCACACAUGAGAAAUGUGCCAAUUUGAAUUUUAUUACGAACAACUGGGGAAGGGAAAUUAUACUAAAGAGGAGAAGGAAGAAAAGUGUUUUUUUUAAGCACGUUGAAUUGGCUACCAGCGAUUCAUACCUCCUUCAGGUGGAGGUGAAUAUGCUUAGCGACACUGCCCAGAAGCGGUGGAGCGGGGACAUCUCACCGGUUUGUCUUCCGCAAAGGGGAAACAACAUAAGUGAACCGCCCUCAAAAAAAUACUCAUAUAUUCAUCCAAAUAUCCUAAUGAACGUUUUAUUAAACUUCUCUGACGAUGUUUCCCUAGAGGAGGACACCUCCAACGAGGACGUAGAAAUCGAAAUGAAGAAAUUCUUUGACUUUUCUAAAAUCAAUUUGGAGAAUCUAACAUUGUCUAGCCAGUAUAAACAUAUGGACAACAUUUUUUCGCUAAAAAAUGACCUACUAUUUCGCUAUAGAGGAAAUUAUGACGAGGUGUUUGGGCACCUCUCAAAGGUGUGUACCGGUGACCUCCAAUCGGCCAUCCCCAGCACCUUAUCCGUGGGGGAAAACUCUCACACAUGUGAUGGAAUAAGGAAGAAGUAUACCAAGGGGACUCACAAUUGGGUCAACCCCCUGAGUGAUAACCACUAUGAUGACCUCCUGUGUACGAAUAAAGCGGAAGAGACCAAGCACCUGGAGCCAUCCAUGGGCAAAGAACACUUUUUUCAAGCCCUGUCCUCCGUUUUAAAUUUAUCCAAAGAGACAUCAGCCUAUGUGGAGUCAAAAGUUCUUCACCCAGGAAGCGACAGGGUUGGAAGGAGCUCCUUCGCACAGAUGCUCCAAGUGGUGGGGAAUGAAACGCGUUGCCUCAGCUUUGGGGCGGUGGAGAAGCUGGAAAAAUUUGAGAAGUACCCAUUCGCCAAACUGAUGGAUAUCCCCACGAACACAGACAGGGAAGAAAAAAAGCGCAAGGAGGAUGACCCCACGAGCAAAGAGUUCGAAGCCUCCUUCGAUAGUUUCCUUUCCCUUUCCACGGCCGCAAAAAAAACCAUCGAUGAUUUGAAGGCCACCUACAAUUUGAAGAACAAACUAGACAUUUAUAGAAUAAAAAUGGAUGCAGAACUACAACUUAGGGAAAAUACCUUCUUCUCCCUUGGAGGGAAAAUUGGCAGCACCACCAGGACGGUUAGUAGCGUUGUUAAAAAGAAUUCUUCCCGGUUAGACAAGACACAAAAUGGUGCAUAUAACUCAAAGGGAUGUGAAAAAGGAACAGUCCGUCUCACCAACGGAGGGGCAAACCCUACAGCAGAGGACCACAUCCCAAGCUGCGAUGAAGACGAAACAGAUAGUCAUGAUAAGAAGGGGAUAUUCUACGUUCAACACAAAAUAGACCCCCCAAUUGAGAACCUGCAGGAUCUCAUAAACGUCGUCAAAAGGGUAAACACCUCCAUCGAUAUAAAUGACACAAAAAAUAGGAAACUGAAAAUGGACAAAAUGGUCAAAGAGAGAAAAGCCUUCAUCGAAAAUAUAAAAAAUAACGUCAAGACGAAUCGUUUUAAGAACCACCCCACAGAAGAACUGAAAAAUAUAUAUAAAAAAGGAACGGAAUUAAAAUUACAUAUUUACAACCCGGAUUUGAUGAAGUAUAUCAAGACUCACUACCUCCUGCUAGACAACCUAAAUGACAUAAGGGGCCUUCUGAACCCCUCUAAAUUAAGGAGAAUCAAAAUGACCACCAAUGAGAAAGAGACAUUCAACGUAGAAGAAGCAGUGACGGAUAAAAAGCUAUUCAUGCAACUAUUCCGGAAGUGCUCAGAUGUGAUUAAAAAUGAUACCAAUCUUCAAUUAAGUGAUUCCUAUAAGAACCUAUGUAAGGACGCUCAACAAAUUUUUAAUAAAAUGAUAGAAGGCACAUAG